ACCUGAUUCUUACUCUUUUGAAACGAAGCGGUAGCAUAUUUGCUGAUCAUUACAAAAACCCUAAUCCUUAUCUGCAACUUAUAUUUUACAAACCCUAAUUAAUCUCUUCAUUUCUCUCUAUCAGGAACAGAUUCUCCUUUUAGUUUUCUGUUUAUUGCUUAAUCAUGGCGACCAGGCUUAUGUUUGAGAACUCAUGUGAGGUUGGAGUUUUUUCUAAGCUCACUAAUGCUUACUGCUUGGUUGCCAUUGGUGGCUCUGAAAGCUUUUACAGUACAUUUGAGACCGAGUUAGCAGAUGUGAUCCCUGUGGUUAAGACUUCCAUUGGUGGCACUAGGAUUAUUGGCCGUCUUUGUGCUGGAAAUAAAAAUGGGCUUCUUUUGCCUCAUACCACCACUGACCAAGAACUUCAGCACCUGAGAAACAGUCUCCCCGAUAAUGUUGUGGUACAGCGCAUUGAAGAGAGACUAUCUGCCCUGGGAAAUUGCAUUGCCUGCAAUGAUCAUGUUGCUCUUACACACACUGAUCUUGACAAGGAAACGGAGGAAAUGAUUGCAGAUGUUCUUGGUGUAGAAGUUUUUAGGCAGACAAUUGCUGGUAACAUUCUUGUGGGGAGCUACUGUGCCUUCUCCAACCAAGGUGGCCUGGUUCAUCCUCAUACCUCUAUAGAAGAUUUAGAUGAGCUGUCUACCCUCCUACAAGUGCCUUUAGUUGCUGGGACAGUAAAUCGCGGUAGUGAAGUGAUUGCUGCCGGCAUGACUGUGAAUGAUUGGACUGCUUUCUGCGGGUCAGAUACUACAGCUACUGAAUUGUCUGUGAUCGAGAGCGUUUUCAAGCUCAGGGAAGCUCAACCUAGUGCAAUAGUUGAUGAGAUGAGGAAAUCAUUGAUCGACAGCUAUGUUUAAACUGUUAAUGGUAUUUGAUUUGACAUAUAUAAAGUGUAAGCAAUAUUCUUCAUGUAUGUCUAUGUUUAAGGAUUACAUCUUUUGUGAGCUUAUGAGAAACAGUAAAAGUUAUAGAUUCCUAUCAUUUUCAGUUUUUUCA